UUUGAAAGAAAGCGGCCUUAUCUUCACUGCAACAAAACAAAGGAAUACGCAUAGUUUAAUACAAUACUGCAUAAAACACGUAUUUUCUUGUUAAUCAUAUUGACACUGAUAGAGUGAGUAUAUAUCAGAAGUAUUACUGCUUCACUGCUCUGAUUUUGAUGCAAGAGAGAAGCUGAUAAAGAUAAAAUUAGAUUACAUUAAUAAAAGAAUUAAAAAACAAUAAACUAAAAGGAGAAAUAUAUAGGUGGAGUUGUGCUUGUGCUUUGUCCAUAUCAGUAUAUGGCCCUACUUGUAUUUUUUGAGUUUCUUCUCUCUGGCUAUUCUUUGAAGCUUUAACAGAGAAAACCCAGUGGAAUUUUCCGAGAUUUUGAGGUUCUUUGUAUGCAUGCUGUGGAUCUACCUGCUGUAAAGUAUUGAUCUGAUAUUGGUUUGAGCACCCUUUUGGGGAAUUUUAGUGGUGAAGUAAUCGAGAUUCCUCGUCGGAGUCUGUCAGUCUUUUGUGUGCUUUACCUUUUGGCCAUGAUUGAUUUUGAUUUUCUUGUGAUAAUCUAAAUCUCUCUGUCUUAUAGCAUUAAUGAUGCAUUUGAUCCUGUUAUUCAACGACAUAACUUGUAGAAAGUUAUCUGAUAUUGAUUCAUUGGGUAAGAAUGUAAAGCUGCUCCUUUGCUGUUUGUCUUUAGACCUAUCAGUUGCUUCGUUCAUGUUUUAUGCAAGGGGCAAAAGAGCAGGGGAAUUAUUGCUUCCGUAUCAUAUGGAGAAUUAUCCUCCUUGAUCUUGAAUAGGCCAAAAUUUCCUUAUUUCCAGAUAGAAAUUUGGAUUAGUUCUUUGUAUGUGAAGAUAUUUUACCAAUAUUCGUCAAGGCUUUGACUUAGAUAAUUACUUUGACUUGCAUAAUUAUUGAAUAAUCGUAAGUUCAUGGCUUUCAAAUUUUGAUAUUGAAUAUUUUGAUAAUUUUUAUUAUUGAUUUGUGAUUAAAAUAUCUUAAUGCUCCAGUAGUCUCUCUCUUUUAUGUUAGGCACUCAUCGGAUUCCUGGUCCCAAAUUUAAGAAGUGGUUUUCUGGAAAUUAAAGAUCUUUUAUUUUUGCUGAUAAUUCAUCAUAUCAUCUUGGGACCUUUAUGGCUGUAUAAGAAGACUUUCCAUUCUUGUUACCUUGUUUUUAAAUGCGGUACUCAGAAGUCAUUCAAAGCUCAUGAAUGUCUCGAACCAUUGUGACCAAAGAUUUGUCAUCACCGGGGCAUUUUAUAAUAUCUUAUGUUCAUUGAUUAAUCUCGUAUUUAAAUGCUUUAUUUCUCAAGUUGGUUGUCUAUCGUUUUAGCACUUGUUCUAUUGAUUUUAUGGCUUUCUACUUCUCUUUGAUUUUAUCAACUUUAACUAUUACAGCAAGAAUUAUCAGUUUGUGUUUCAAGCACUGAGAGGUUCUUAAUGAUGGUUACAGGGAGAAGCAGAUUACUAUAGAAGAGGCAUGCUUAUUCGGUCUAAUGGCUGAUUCUGCUUUAGAGUCCCAUUGCCAAUCUGAUGCAUUAGGUCUGAAACAUAUAAGCAGUUCAUUUUUCAAUUUUCCUGGUUUUUUUGUGGGGUUUGGUUCAAGAGGUUCAUCAGAGUCUGACUCAGUUAGGAGUCCCACAUCUCCUCUUGAUUUUAGUUUCUUAUCAAGUCUUAGUAACCCAUUUAGCCUCAAGUCCCCAAGAUCCCCGUCCCAAAAUGGCCAUCAAAAGAAUUGGAAUAGCAGUAAAGUUGGUCUUGGCAUCAUAAAUUUACUUGCUGAUGAGACCAAACCACCUGGUGUAGUUCUUAAUUCUCCGAAGAGGAAGAAUAUAAUCUUUGGAUCACAGGUGAAGACUGGUUAUUCUGUCAGAUCUAACUCUUUGCCAAGAGACUACAUGCUCUUGUUACUACCAAAAACCAAAACUCUGAACCGCCAAUUAGGUAAAUCAAAUUCUGAAGCUGUAUUUGGGGAUGAGGCAGUCCAAUUAGAAUGUAAACCAUUUGAAAACUCUUCUCCAAUUACCUUAUCCCCCAAAUCCCCUUUGAUUUCUAAAAAGUUCUGUUCAGAAAAUAGAACAACUACUAUUACAAGUUUAUCAUUUUUUGAUGAUGGAGGUACACCAACAGAUGACUCUUUGGGGACCAAAUCAAGUUCACUUCCAGUGCCCAUUGGUUCUAGCAAAGGAUAUGUAGGUUCUCUCUCUGCACGUGAUAUUGAGCUUUCUGAGGAUUAUACCUGUAUAAUUUCUUAUGGUCCAAACCCUAAAACAACUCACAUUUUUGGUGACUGUAUUUUGGAAUGUCACACGAAUGAGUUGUCCAAUUUUGACAUGGGAUCUGAAUUACCUCAAGAGACCAACUCUCCACUUCCGUCUGAUGAGUUUUUGAGCUUCUGUUACACUUGCAAGAAAAAAUUGGAGACCAGAGAUGACAUUUAUAUGUACAGAGGUGAGAAGGCAUUUUGCAGUUUCAAUUGCCACUCAGAGGAAAUUUUUGGUGAGGAUGAGACAGAGAAAACUUAUGAUAAUUCGCCCAAAAGCUCUUCCAUGUCCAGCUACCAUGAAGAUCUUUUUCUAACCAGUAUGCCCAUUGCAAUGUAACACAUUCAAGUGAUAACAAGUGGAUCAUCUGUACUUGAAGAGCUGUUUAUGUGUAUCCCUAUGCAGCCAUGGAUGAUCACAAAGAUGAAACAUACUGUUUUCUGGUUUGUGUUUCAGUCGAUGCUACGGACGAGUCCUGGGCAGCAAUAGCAUAGAGUCUCUAUUUUUGUAGUCUGAGGCAUAAGCAUUACCUUACAUCGAUUGUUGUUUUUCUAUAUUUACAAUUAGAUGGGUUAGAAGUGGCCAAGAGCCCUCACUCAUCAGUUUUCUUUCCAGUUCAACAUCCUGCCUUUAUCAAGAGCUCGUGUAGUUGCCAUUUGAAUCUCUUAAAAGCAUUAUGCAUAAAGAUACCCAAUAUUCUGUCAUCAAA